AUGAGCUGUGCGGAAGAUUCCGUGACGCGCCGCGAGGCAGCACCAACGCCAGCCGUCACAGGAGCAGACGUGCCGCGGCGCAGUGAUUCGGUUCCGGUUAUCUCCGCGCACGAGCUCACCCGCCGCUUCGUCUUUACGGAUCUGCUAGGGGAGGGAAAGUUCGGCCGCGUUUGGCGCUGCUUGGACCGCCACGGGCCCACCAGCGAGCCGCUCGCGUGCAAGCAGAUUCUCACCGCUCAUCUCACGGCGGAGCAACGGCUGGCGCUUCACCGCGAAAUCGCGGCACUUCAUUCCAACAGCAAUUCCGUCCAGGCGGUACACGCGCAAUGGGACUCGCCGCGAAACGCGCCGCAGAAGUCCGCGCGCGCGUCCAUCUUUCCGCACAGCCGUAGCGAUCCGUCAGGCAGCGUUGCCGAUGCUGCUGCUCGAGCUGCCGCCGCUGCUUCCCCUGCCGCCGUUGCCGCCGCCGCUGCUUCCGCUGCUGCUGCUGCUGCUGCGCGGGGAGUCACUUCGGCAUGCUCCGCGUCGCCGCCAGCGGGCGCAUGCACUGACGCGAGGGCUUCGCGGGCGGCCCUUCCUGCGCGAGCGAUCCCGCGGCCCCAGAUCGCGAUUCCGCGCGCUUACUCCGCUGCGGAGAUUAGUCCGCGCGCCUGUCAUGCCGCCGCGGGAAAAGUCUCUGGCGAGAGCGCAGCAGCCGCUUCUUCACGGGGCGGGGGAAAUGACGAGGAGGAAUCCGAUGCGGUUUAUCCGAGCCUGUUUGGUGGGGCUGCCGAGCCUGAGGUUCGGCUCGCGGAUUUCGGCAUGGCGUGUGAGGUGCCUCCAGGCUCGGCAAUCAUGGGCCUGGCUGGAAGUGAACCGUACGAGGCUCCUGAAAUGGUGGAGAUGAAACGUUACGACCAUCAGGCAGAUGUGUGGUCCCUGGGGGUUCUCCUGCACACCCUCCUCUCUGCCACGUGGCCAGAAUUCCCGGAUGGAAAGCGUGAGCUUGUGCAAGAGGAUUUGACGGUGCGCCCGUGGCCGUCGAUCUCGGAAGACGCGAAGGAUCUGAUCCGUCAGAUGCUGGUGGUGGAUCCGAAUGAACGGCUGGAUAUUCACUGCGUGCUUCAGCACCCGUGGUUGGUGAAAUGGAUGAGGAGGCAGAGAGGGCGGCCGCAGAGGGGCAAUCGAGAUGCUCCAGAAUCGCUUGAGCUGCAGGUGCAAGGGCGUGUGAAGGAGCAGCUGCCGCAACAAGUGCAGCAGCAGCAGCAGAAGCAGAAACUGACAGAUCGUAAAGGUGACGUCAUCGCCAACGGAUCCAGCGGCGCCGUUUUAGAAUGCACAGACAAGGAGACCGGCCAAGUGCUGGCCUGCAAAGUGAUGCUCAAGAACGCGCUGCGAACAGAAGCCGACAAAAACGGCCUGCGGCGCCGGCUGGAGAUCAUGAAGCAGGCCGGCGCGCACCUGAACGUGGUGUCGCUCGUGGGCGUGUUUGAGGACACGUGUGCGAUCUACGUGGUCAUGGAGCGCUGCCUAGGUGGCGACUUGCUGGAGUACAUCAGCAAAAUGGGCGCGAUUCCCGAGCCGCAGGCGGCUAUUAUGUUUCGGCAGCUCGCAUCGGCCGUCGCCUUCUGUCACGACUAUGGGAUCCUACAUCGCAACUUAAAGCCCGAGAACGUGUUUCUCACUUAUGGGACGGCGGACGACCUUAACUACGCGUCGCCCGCGCUUUCCUCCUGUAGCUCCUUCUCCUCCUCCUCCUCUUUCUCCAUCUUCUCCCCAUCACUCUCCGCCUUCUCUACCCCGCAAAGCUCCCCCGCGCGGCAUGCAAGCGCUUCCGCCUCCCCCUCCCCCUCGUUCAACUCCCCUUCCCCCUCUCCUUUCAGCAGAAGCUCCGCUGCUUCCCCCGCCCCAUCCAGCUCGCCCUCCCCCGUUGGCUCUUCCCCCAGCCUUCCCCUCCCUUCCCCCUCGCCGUCCGCAGCACCUUCCGCCUCGCGCGCCCAGAACCCAGAUUCCGGAGCGCUUUUUGAACCCAACUCCGAGCCCCCCGAUUCCUCCGCCUCUCCCCCCUCUGCCUCCGCCUCCGCCGCCGCCGCCGCCGCCGCCGCCGGAGCAGCAGAAGCAGCCGAAGCAGUAGCUGCAGACGACGUUCCCGACGCAGCCCUCCCUUCGUCAACGCCAGCCUUUUUCGCGUUCAAUUUCCAGGGCCCCUUCGUGCGACUGAACGACUUCACUCUGGCGACGCGUCGUCGCAGAGGGUCGUACGUGAGCGGCGCGGUUGGAAGCCUGCCGUACAAAUCGCCAGAGAUGAUUAUGAAGGGUCGGUCCAACGAGAAGGCGGACAUUUGGAGCCUGGGAGUUAUUCUCUACUCCAUGCUAUCCGCUCGGUGGCCCUUUUAUUCGCCUAAGAAGGCGGUUCUUGAGCGGAAGAUCCUGAAUGGCCACGUCGACUUUUCCGGUGAUCCCUGGCCGUCGAUCUCAGAUGACGCAAAGGAUCUCGUCCGUCGGAUGCUGGCUGUGAAUCCGAAUGACCGGCCGUCCGCUACGGAGCUUCUGAAGCAUCCGUGGGUGCUGAAGUUUCUUAUGGCGGAAUCUCAGGAGAGCUCAGGCGUGGUUGCUGGCGCAGCAGGCACAGGAGUUGGGGGAAGUGGGGGGGUGGCGGUGGCGCAGCAAGUGAAAAACGGAAAGUUAUCCGGGAGGGAGGUCACUGAAGAGGGCUUAGGCGUCCCACAAGACGUGCCCAGCACCUGCUCCCGCUUCUCAUUCAGUGACUCGCUGAUAGUCCGCGUAAGAUCUAAGGUCACCGAUUUAAGCUUGCUCUUACCCCGCCGCUCCUGCACCGUUUUCCCUCCUUCCCCCAUUCCCUCUACUCCGCUUCCCACACUGCUGGAACGGCUGAAAGCGCCGCCGCUGAAAUCGCUACAGCUGCUGGGUCCCUCCCACCCUUCUGAAAAGCUGUCAGCAUAG